GUGGUUUCUCUUUACAAAUUUUGUUGAUUUUUAAUUUUCAAAACCUACAAGGAACUGAGGCAUUUCACUAAUGCAUUUUGUUGAAUGACUGUGAUGUAAUAUACGUUUGGCUAAUUUACCUUUUGAAUCCAUUCUAGCAUUGGUUACCAUUGUAAUAUGAUCUCUCCAGAAAAUAAAACAAGUGGCUAAACUAGAUUCAUUUUGCAAGUUCAACCUAAUGAAGCAAAUCAUUACUACAAUUGAAGUGAAGUGAUAUAAAGAAAAAUCUUAGCCACAUUUAUCGGAAUUCGACAAAUGAUAUAAUCACUGCCCGUUGAGAAACAUUUCUAACUUCUAGCACUUCUUGUUCGCAUUUCAUGUGUAGUUGUUUGGGCUUCUAUGACUUGAGUUCUUGUUAUGUUUCCGGCUAUGUAAAUCGGGUUGCAAUGGAUAAUGCUGUUUUCCAAUACUUUAUCUUAUGCAAAUGUGUACAAUAAAGUGAAUUCAUCUCGGUAUUUAUCUGUACUAUUUACCCAUGUGACGUAUUGAAGUACUGUUUAGAUUCAGGAGGUAAAAGGUCUUUAUCUCUAUCUCGACUCCUCCAUAUGAGAAGAGGGGUGUGGGUGAUCAACAGUUCAAACGGAAGACUAAAAACUCUCUUACUGCUGUAGAGAUACCUCAGCCUUUUGGGGCAAAAGGGGCUCGAUUCCAAGCAGCUUCGAGCUCUCAAGGCAGGAUAUGGAUACUUUUCUCUUCACUUCAGAAUCUGUCAAUGAAGGCCAUCCAGACAAGCUCUGUGACCAAGUCUCAGAUGCGAUCCUGGAUGCUUGCCUAGAACAAGAUCCAGAAAGCAAAGUUGCCUGUGAGACCGUCGCAAAAACUGAUACAGUCAUGGUCUUUGGUGAGAUCACAACCAAGGCCAAAGUAAACUACGAGAAGAUAGUUCGAGACACUUGCAGAGGCAUCGGCUUCACCUCCCCCGAUGUUGGCCUCGAUGCUGAUCACUGCAAGGUCCUAGUCAACAUCGAAGAACAGAGCCCUGACAUUGCCCAGGGAGUCCACGGUCAUUUAACCAAGAAGCCUGAGGAAAUUGGGGCUGGAGACCAAGGCCACAUGUUUGGCUAUGCCACUGAUGAAACACUCGAACUCAUGCCCCUAACCCAUGUCCUUGCGACCAAGCUCGGGUCCAAGCUCACUGAGGUGAGGAAGAACAAGACCUGCCCCUGGCUAAGGCCUGAUGGUAAGACCCAGGUGACUGUCGAGUACAAAAGUGAUGGUGGGGCUAUGAUCCCUAUUCGUGUUCACACGGUCCUCAUCUCAACCCAGCACGAUGAGACUGUCAACAAUGAACAGAUUGCCAAGGACUUAAAAGAGCAUGUAAUUAAACCGGUCAUCCCGGCCCAGUAUCUAGAUGAGAAGACCAUCUUCCACCUCAACCCCUCAGGUCGGUUUGUCAUCGGGGGACCCCAUGGAGAUGCAGGGCUCACUGGCCGGAAGAUUAUCAUCGAUACAUAUGGUGGAUGGGGUGCUCAUGGCGGAGGGGCUUUUUCCGGGAAGGAUCCUACUAAGGUGGAUAGGAGCGGUGCUUAUAUUGUUAGGCAGGCGGCAAAAAGUGUGGUGGCUUCUGGACUUGCUCGCCGGUGUCUAGUGCAGGUUUCUUAUGCAAUUGGUGUGCCGGAACCGCUUUCUGUGUUUGUUGACACUUAUAAAACCGGGACGAUUCUGGAAAAGGAUAUUCUGACUGUGAUCAAAGAAAAUUUCGACUUUAGGCCCGGAAUGAUAGCAGUCAAUCUUGACCUAAAGAGAGGAAGCAACUUCAGGUACCAGAAAACUGCUGCUUAUGGGCAUUUUGGCCGCGAUGAUCCAGAUUUUACUUGGGAGACUGUGAAGUUCCUCAACCCUAAAGCUUGAUUCCGGUGCACUAGGUGCAAAAAAAAAUUAUUGUUUAUUUCUGUACAUGGACAUCCAGUUGCUAUCACUUUUCUGGUUGAAGAAUAAUACAGAAGCUAUAGGAUACAUCUAACAUUUGCGUUGUUCUCUAUAGUCUUCCAAAGCUGCAUUGCAGUGCCGGAAGUAGAUUGGUAUUAAAGAUUUGAAGGAGCCUAUAAGGGUUUGGUUCGGGACUUUAGUUUCCUCUUUUCUUUUUGUUGUUUUUUUGCUCGAAGUUCUUUCCAGCAGCUUACUUGAUUGCUGGGAUUCAAAGUUAUCAUUUGUUUGAUUUAUCAAUUUUUAGCACAGAUUUGAUUCAGUAAGAUGUGAAUAAUUUGAUCCA